AUGGUGUUCUCACGACCUGCUAUGCAAAGAAUUAUUAUAAAUAACCAUGAGUGGGAAGUGCCGAAUGAACCUGGCUGGGAACAAGUUGUAAAUGAAGCAGGAUUAGUACAAGAACGUCUUUUUAGUUCAUGUGAAACAGCUGCAGAAUGUCGUCAAAUUAUAAACGAAAUGUAUGCUAUUUUCAAUCACUAUCCCGUAUCAAAGAAAUUUUUGGAAAGUGAUAAAACAAAAGCAGACGAUUUUUUCACAUCAAUAUUCAAAUGGGGUUGA